GGAUGGAUGCUCUCACAAACCUGAGAGGAGUCGCUGGAUAUUUGGCUACAGGAGUUGACUGGAAAUGGCGCACAAGUCUGUAAUAGCCUGGGGAAAUAUUAUCAACAGUUAAUCGCGAAGUCUUGGGAUAAAAGGCAAAGAACGAGAGUGAGAAUUUUCAGGGAAUACAUGCCACAGGAGAGAAAUAACCAGCAGAUGUUUUAGAUCUGCCACAUGUAGUUAUUACAGAAUUACGCAUUUAAGCCACUUGGAGUCAUAUGGCUGUAAAGUCUUGUGUCUUCACAAAUCUUUGCCCGAAGAAUGCCAUGGCACUUGGGUCCAGCUUACUUAUAUUAUAUCUUGCGUUUCAUGUGGCCAGUGGUCGGUCGGAUGAUAGAAAAAAUAUUUCAAUGGCAGUAAUGCUGCCCAAUAAUUACACCUUGUACCCCUGGGCUUCACCUAGGGUCUCUCCGGCCAUCUACAUGGCAAAAGAAGCGAUUGAACGGGAGAGAAUUUUGAAUGGAUACACAAUCAACAUUAUGAGCACGACCACUGAAGAUUCGAGUGGGGGGUGCUCUCAGGCGCUAGCCCAAAUCAACGCAGUGGAUAUGAAGCUGUACCAGAACCCGGACGUCUUCGUCGGACCAGGGUGCGUCUACUCCGCUGCCUCGGUGGCCCGGUUUGCCACUCACUGGAAAUUACCUUUGAUCACAGCGUGGGCACCCGCCUAUGGCUUUGCUCAGAAAGACGAGUAUAAGACCACCGUACGGACGGGACCGUCGACUACCAAACUCGGGGAGUUCGCCAGCAACCUGCAUUCGCAUUUCAAUUGGACCACACGGGCGGUGGUUAUCUACUACGAUAUUAAAACCGACGAUCGCCCCUACUACUUUGUCAUUGAGGGUGUUUACAAAACAUUUGAGGACGAGAACAUCAGCGUGUCUUCACAGCCGUAUGAUGACCAGCAGAAGAACGACUAUAAAGACGUGUUCAAUUUCAUUAAAAGCAAUGGAAGAAUUAUUUAUAUCUGUGGACCUUUGGACUCCUUCCAGAAGAUAAUGUAUCUGUUCCAAGCAGAAGGGAUUUCUACUGAGGACUAUGCCAUCUUCUAUGUAGAUGCAUUUGCAGAAAUUCUAGAGGGCAAAGGAAACAGAGAGGCCAAAAAACCCUGGCAGAAUAUAGAGAACCAGCUGGGUGAUCCAAUUGAGCUGUUUAAGACGGUAUUUGUUAUAACAUACAGAGAACCGGACAAUCCAGAAUAUAAGGAGUUUCAAAGAGAUCUUCAUGUGCGGGCCAAGGAGGACUUCAAUGUCAGCCUAGACAGUUCACUGAAAGAUUACAUUGCUGGAUGUUUCUAUGAUGGAGUAAUGCUUUAUGCCAAGGCCCUCAACCAGACUCUCGCAGAAGGAGGCUCCAAGAAGAAUGGCAUGGAGAUCACUUUGAAAAUGCAAAGCCAGCAGUUCUGGGGCGUCACAGGCCUUGUGAGCACAGACAAGAAUAACGACAGAGAUACAGAUUUUAGUCUCUGGGCCAUGACAGAUCCUAAAACAGGAAUGUAUGGGAAAGUGGCAUAUUACAAUGGAACAAACAAGCAGAUUAUCUGGUCAGAGACAGAGAAAAUCCAGUGGCCAAAAGGCUCACCGCCCCUGGAUAACCCACCUUGCGUCUUUGAUACGGAUGAUCCCUCCUGUAAAGAAGAUCAUCUGUCACUCUUUGGAAUUGUAGCUUUGGGAACUGGACUUGCCUUUACCAUUUUUGGGAUUUCUAGUUUCCUCAUUUACAGAAAGCUCAAGCUGGAAAAAGAAUUGGCUAGCAUGCUUUGGCGAAUUCGAUGGGAGGAGCUUCAGUUUGGUAACCAUGAAAAAUAUCACCGAAGUGCCGGCAGCAGGCUGACCUUAUCACAGAGAGGAUCCAGCUAUGCCUCCCUGAUAACCGCACAUGGGAAAUACCAGCUUUUCGCCAAAACUGGCUACUUUAAGGGUAAUCUUGUUGCAAUCAAGCACGUAAAUAAAAAAAGGAUUGAACUGACCAGACAAGUGCUGUUUGAACUAAAACAUAUUCGAGACGUUCAGUUCAACCAUUUAACCCGUUUUAUCGGUGCCUGCAUUGACCCACCAAACAUCUGUAUUGUGACUGAAUAUUGUCCUCGUGGAAGUCUGCAGGACAUUCUGGAAAAUGAAAGUAUAAAUCUGGAUUGGAUGUUUCGAUAUUCUCUUAUUAACGACAUUGUAAAGGGGAUGACCUUUUUGCACAACAGCUACAUUGGAUUUCACGGCAAUCUGAAGUCAUCAAACUGUGUUGUCGACAGCCGCUUUGUUCUAAAGAUAACAGAUUAUGGACUGGCAAGUUUCAGGUCUCCCUGUGAAAGUGAAGACACACAUGCAUUGUAUGCUAAAAAACUUUGGACAGCUCCAGAAUUGCUGGGAUAUGGAAGGACACCUCCUCAAGGAACCCAGAAAGGUGACAUCUAUAGCUUUGGAAUAAUCCUGCAAGAGAUUGCACUGAGAAAUGGACCAUUUUACAUAGAGGGAAUGGAUCUCAGCCCAAAAGAGAUCGUUCAAAAAGUCAGGAAUGGGCAGAAGCCUUAUUUUCGACCAACCAUCGACAUUAAUUUGCAUAGUGAAGAGCUGGCUCUAUUAAUGGAGAGAUGCUGGGCUGAGGAGCCAGCAGAACGUCCAGAUUUCAGUCAAAUUAAAAUAUUCAUCAGGAAAUUUAACAAGGAGGGUUCCACAAGCAUUCUGGACAACCUCCUGUCACGAAUGGAGCAGUAUGCAAACAAUCUAGAGAAGCUGGUAGAAGAGCGAACACAUGCUUAUUUGGAAGAAAAAAGAAAGGCAGAGAACCUGCUCUACCAAAUCCUGCCUCACUCUGUGGCCGAACAGCUAAAGAGAGGUGAAACAGUCCAAGCAGAAGCCUUUGACAGUGUGACCAUUUAUUUUAGCGACAUCGUGGGCUUUACAUCAUUAUCAGCUGAGAGUACGCCUCUACAGGUUGUGACAUUACUAAAUGAUCUCUACACUUGCUUUGAUGCCAUCAUUGAUAAUUUUGAUGUUUACAAGGUGGAAACAAUUGGCGACGCAUACAUGGUUGUUUCUGGACUUCCAGUUAGAAAUGGCAAGCUUCAUGCCAGAGAAAUAGCAAGAAUGUCAUUAGCAUUACUUGAAGCAGUGAAGACCUUCCAGAUACAGCACAGAGCCAAUGACAAGCUGAGACUGCGGAUAGGAAUCCACACAGGUCCAGUAUGUGCAGGUGUGGUUGGCCUGAAAAUGCCCAGAUAUUGCUUGUUCGGCGAUACCGUCAAUACAGCAUCUCGAAUGGAGUCAAAUGGGGAAGCCUUGAAGAUUCAUGUUUCCUCGGCAACAAAAGAGGUUCUGGAUGAGUUUGGUUACUUUGUACUGGAAUUGCGUGGUGAUGUGGAAAUGAAGGGUAAAGGAAAGAUGAGAACGUAUUGGCUUCUGGGUGAAAGACAAGAUGGUGCUGUAAUGUGAGAAGAGUUUGUCAUUGUCGGAGGAUUUUUUUUUUUUUUUGCAGAAAACAACAGUAAAGUAUUGGUGCAGGCUAAUGUUUAUUUGUUUUAAAAUAAAUCCUGACCGUAUUUGUUAACUGAAAUUGCAAUUACACUUUUUGUAAAAAAAAAAAAAAAAAAAAAUACAUAAAAAUAAAUGAACCUUUUGCCAACAAAGGUAUUUGGGGUAUAUUAUACCUUGUUAAAGCUGCAAAAAUAUAUAAAAUAAUUUUUAUGAAGUCAUUUAUUUCUCAUGAAAGUGAGUACUUUUCAAGGACAAACCCUUAUUUUUUGUGCUUUCUAUAUUAAGAUUUAUAUGAUGUGUUGGGAAAUGAAUAAUGAAUAGAUAUAAUAUUUUUUCCUUGUACAAGCUGUAUAUAUGUUUACCUAAGAUUGCUAAAUAUUUUGUUCAAAUAAAAGAAAUAAAAUG